AUGACCGCCAUCUGCCAGAGGGUUCUGGAACAUGUUAUUCAAAUAGAUUACCACCAAGACAAGAACUGUCACGUCAACUGCAGCUUGUGCUACACUCCGUUCAUCGUUCCCUGUUUCUCAAGCGGGCUGCAGGCGCUGCGCAACGUGGGUGUGUUGCCCGAAGAGUACUUCGCGUGCGAGAAAGACCCUUGGUGCAAGAAAGUUUCCCGCUAUCACUACGGCGAGUCCGUGUUUCAGCUGGGUGAGGUCCGUGAUGUGGACGCGGGCGUCGUCACGUCUUUGGGUCGGGUCGACCUUCUGAUCGGCGGGAGGAAGACAUUUGCCGGGCCACUUUUGGAUAAAGAGUAUGAACGUGUAAUGGAGUCAGUGAAAAGUGACAUUUCCAAGGCAAAAGCAUUAACAAUUGAAACUGAUGGAUGGACUAAUACUAGAACUGAGGGUAUUGUAAAUUUUUUUGGGGCAGGGAGAGUAUUACUUCUAGUCACAGACAAUGCAUCUGCUAUGAAAAGAGCCUGGAGGUUGGAUAUAACUAAGCUGCCUGUAUUUAGAGAUCUCAUUAGCUCGGCCAAAGAUGUUGUUAAAAUUAGGAAACACAGACAACUAAAUGCAAUUUUUAAAUCUAAGCAAAAACUAAAUUACGGUGAAAGUGCUAGUGCUCUAGUGUUACCCUCCCCCACCAGGUUUGGUGGAUCAUAUUUAAUGUUAGUUUCUCUGCAAAAAAACAAGGUUGCCCUAGGAGAAACAGUUCUCACCGAUGCUACAGAGGUACCGGCUGCAGUGAAGACAACUGUCUUGGAUGAUGCAUUUUGGGAAAAGAUGUCAUUCUUUCUACGUUUCAUGAAACCAGUGGUAGAAGGUACUCAUUUGAUAGAGGCCGACGAUGCAAAACUCUCUCACAUGGUGAAAAUAUGUAUGAAGAUAAAAGAUUUAGCAAAUGAAGCAUUGAAUGAGGAUUCUGUUAUUCCUCUUGGUGCAGUGCAAAGGAUUAAAUCAGCUGUAAUUCACAGAAUAACCAAAUUUUGCAUAUUUGACAUUCACUUAGCUACCUAUUUAAUUGAUCCAGUGUUUGCUGGUGAAGGCUUGUCAGAUACAGAAUGCCAACGUGCCAUAGAGGUGAUUGAAGCCAUUGCUGCUCAUCUGAAAGAAAAUACAGAAAAAGUUGUAGAAAAUCUGGCUCAAUUUACAACAAAAACAAACUUUUAUGAUAAUGAAAAAAUGUGGAAACGUGCACUUACCUUAAAUUCAAUUACAUGGUGGGACUUCUACUGCAAAAACCAGCCAUUGCACCCUAUUGCUGUCCGCUUGUUGAGUUUGCUUCCGUCAGCUUGCCCAUGUGAGCGAAUUUGGUCCGAAUAUGGAUAUGUUCAUAACAAAGUAAGAAACAGACUCAACAACAAAAAAGUUGAGAAAGAGGUGGCCAUCAAGCACAAUCUAAACCUCUCCCAACAGUGCUCAGAGGCAGAAAAGAAGAAAAGGGCUGAACUUAGUGCUGAAAGAGAAAAAAUAUUGAAAGCAUACCCAAGUGUUUUCCUUUUUGAUGAAAGUGAUUCAGAAUUUAGUGAAGAUGAAAAUGACCCUAGGCCUCUAUGGACUUCAGACGAAGAAUUGGAAAAUACUUCAGAUGAAGAAAAUGAAGAGGACCUGGAAAAUAUUUCUGAUUAA